UGCCGGAAGUCAAGUUAGGGCCAGAACAACGCACAUGCGCAGUAACGUUUGUUUAUGUUGUUACCGUUGAAACCGUCUAUAGUAAGAUUCCUGGUUUGGAAUGUUAGCUAAAGAACGGAAUUGUGAAGUCGUAAAAUUGUGAUGUCAUAAGGGGUACUAUUUUGUAAUGGACUGGAUAUAAAAAAGUGCUGCUUUCCUUUGGCACUGUCAGUGAUGGAGAAAAAUGCUUCACAAAGAAGUAAUGAGUUGGAACAGGAGAGGUUGAGAAAGUGGCUUGAGUUAGAGCUCGCCAUGGUUCGGAGUGAGCUGGAAGAUAGCCGGGCAGUGCAGGAGAAAAUGGAGUUUGUUCUUCAGAUUGAGCGAGCCAAGUGCCAACAACUGGAAGAAAAACAUGCCAAGAACAAGGUGAUGAAGGAAAAGCUGAUCAAGAAAAUAGCUCAAAUAGAGGAAAGUGCACUAAAGGUAGUGAGUAGCAACAAGCAGGUCAGCAUGAACUCUGAGUUCUGGGAGCUCCUGGAAUGUGAGAAGGCCAGGGGGGAGGUUACACAGUGCCAACUGCUGGUGGACCUAGCUGACACAAAAAAGAAAUUAGCAGUUCUUGAAGCAUCGCUUGAAGUGAAAACUCAUCUCUGCUCUGACCUAGAGCAGGAGAAAGUAUGCAUGCAAAGGGAUAUGCUCAUGCUUGAGAAAACAGUUCAAGAGAGCAAGAACCUGUUUGACCAAUCAGAACAUGGCAUACGUACCAUGAAGUGUGCCCUGGACAACAAGGAGCAGGAUGUCUUAACCAUGUCCCAGAAGUUACAGGAGGCCGUGUCAGCUUCUGAAGUCUUGGACAAGACGAUCAGAGCCCAAGAGAUGUCUCUACAGCUAAUGGAGAUUGAGAAUGCCAAACUCAAGGAUGUGGUGAACGAGCAGGCCAACAGAUUCCCUGUGCUGCAAAAGGAGGCCGAGAAGGCUACAUUGACUAAUAAAGAUCUGACGCAGCACCUCAGUCGAGCGGUGCAGAAGCAAACCCUUCUCUACAUAUACGCCCAUGGACAGCUGAAGGAGAAAGGGUCCCUACUGCUGAAUGAGAGGCAGAAGGCCAGUAAGGCCAAAGCACAGCAGGAGGUCCUUCAGGAGAGACUAGAAAAGAUGAAGAAUGAGGGCACACUGCUAAGUCAACAGUUGGAAGCAGCCAAUCAAAAAGCAGAGGCAAAAGAGCAGGAAGUCAUGCAGGAACGUUUGAAAACAAUGCACACAGAGAGCGAGGUGCUUGCCCUGCAGGACAAGAUGGAAAAGGUGCAGAAUGAGAGAACACUGCUUAGCCAACAGUUGGAAGUGGCUAAUGAAAAAGCAGAGGCUAAAGAGCAGGAAGUCAUGCAGGAGCGUUUGAAAACAAUGCACACAGAGAAUGAGGUGCUUGUCAUCCAGGAGAGACUGGAAAAGGUUCAGAAAGAGAAUAGACUGCUAAGUGAACAGUUGGAAACAGCCAAUAAGAAAGCAGAGGCAAAAGAGCAGGAAGUCAUGCAGAAGCAUUUGAAAACAAUGCACACAAGGAAUGAUAUGCUUGCCCUGCAGGACAGACUGGAAAAGGUACUGAAUGAGGGAAUGAAGCUAAGCCAACAGUUGGAGACUGCCAAUAAGAUAGCAGAGGCAAAAGAGCAGGAAUUAGCUGACAUGCGGGAGCGUUUGAAGACAAUGUACACAGAGAAUGAGGUGCUUGCCCUGCAGGACAAGAUGGAAAAGGUGCUGAAUGAGGGCACACUGCUUAGCCAACAGUUGGAAGUGGCUAAUGAAAAAGCAGCGGCUAAAGAGCAGGAAGUCAUGCAGGAGCGUUUGAAAACAAUGCACACAGAGAAUGAGGUGCUUGUCAUCCAGGAGAGACUGGAAAAGGUUCAGAAAGAGAACACACUGCUAAGUGAACAGUUGGAAACAGCCAAUAAGAAAGCAGAGGCAAAAGAGCAGGAAGUCAUGCAGGAGCAUUUAAAAACAAUGCCCACAGAGAAAGAGUUGCUUUGCCUGCAGGAGAGACUGGAAAAGGUGGAGAAUGAGCGAAUGAUACUAAGCCAACAGUUGGAAGCAGCCAAUCAAAAAGCAGAGGCAAAAGAGCAGGAAGUCAUGCAGGAGCACUUGAAAAUGAUGCACACAGAUAACGAGAUGUUUGCCCUGCAGGAGAGACUGGAUGAAGUGGAGAAUGAGAGCAUGAUGCUUAGCCAACAGUUGGAAGCGGCUAAUCAAAAAGCAGAGGCAAAAGAGCAGGAAAUCAUGCAGGAUUGUUUGAAAACGAUGCACACAAGGAAUGAGAUGCUUGCCCUGCAGGAGAGACUGGAAAAGGUACUGAAUGAGGGCACACUUGUAAGCCAGCAGUUAGAAGCGGCCAAUAAAAAAGCUGAAGCUAAAGAAGCGGAAGUGGCUGACAUGCAGGAACAUUUGAAAGCUAUGCAUUCAGAGAAGGAGAUGGCAGAGACAAGCAAGGAGAAGCUCACAGAGCUUCUCGCUCAGGUGAGGAGAGAUGGAUGGAGCACCCUUUGGAAACUACAACAGCAUCUGACUGACACACAAACAAAACUGACAACGUGUGAGGGGUUACUUGAAAUGCAUCCUCUCCACUGCAGUGAUCUUGAGGAGGAAAACAUAUCCAUGGAGAAAGACAUUAGCACGCUUAAGCAACUGCUGCAAGAGAACGAGGACAGCUGCACCCAGUCUGAGAGCUUUAUUUGUGAACUGAUUGCUAAACUUAACGAAAAGGAUAAUGAGAUUGUCACUGCCUCACAGAAACUGUUGGUCUCGUUAGACUCAAGAAACAAAGAGCCAGCCCUUGAAAUGGCAGAGAUCCAGGAGCAACCACAUGGGGGUGACACAGACAGAUGGGACAUGGUGUGGCAACUGCAGCAGAAACUGGCUGAUGCAAAAAUAAAUCUGUUGACAUGUGAGGCAUCGCUCAAAGUCAACACUAACCACUGCAGAGAUCUGGAAGAGGAAAAAGAGUCCAUGCAGAAGGACGUGAUUACUCUCAAAGGGACCUUGCGAGAGAUGGAAGACAUGUAUGCCCAAUCAGAGCAGCAUGUUCACAACCUGAUGGCCUUCUGUGAUGAGAAAGAUUAUCAGAUUUGCACUCUCUCCGAGCAGCUACAGGUCUCAUCAGCUUCUAAAAGCACGAAAAUGUCAGCCUCUAAAAAGGCAGAAGUCCACGAUGGUGAGGAGAAAGACAUACAGAACACUCAGUGGCAACUGCAGAAGGAGCUUGCUGCUACAAAAAUUAAACUGUCUGUACAUGAGGCAUCACUAAAAGUGAAGGCUAAACACUGCAGAAAUCUGGAUGAAGAAAACCGUUCCAUGACGGAGGACAUAAAUGCACUUAAGGGGAAGUUAUGGGAAGGGGAAGACAAGUGUGCCCAGUCAGAGCAGCGUGUCUGUAAUCUGACAGGCUCUUGUGAGGAUAAAGAUCAUCAGAUCCACUCACUGUUUGAGAAGCUACAGGCCUGCUCUAAUUCAAGUGGCAAAGACCUUAAAAACACAGAGAACCAGGACCAUCUAGACAGUGAGGAGACCAACAUACAGAACACAGUGUGGCAAAUUCAGCAGGAACUGGCUGAUACAAAGACAAAACUGUCAACGUGUGAGGCAUCGCUCAAAGUCAGUGCUAACUAUUGCAGAGAUCUGCAGGAGCAAAAACAGUCCAUGCAGAAGGACAUAAACACACUCAAGAGGAGGCUGUGGGAAAGUGUGGAUAAGUGUGCUCAGUCAGAAGACCUUGCACACAGCAUGAUGACAUCCUGUGCUGAAAAGGAUCACCAGAUUUGUGCUCUCUCCAAACAGCUGGAGGUCUUAACAGACUUGAAAGGGAAGAAGUCUAAAAAAGCAAGGAUCCAGGACAGCGAGGAGAUAGACAGACAGAACGCGGCAUGGCAACAGCAGCAGGAACUGGCUGACACAAAAACAAAGCUGGCGACGUGUGAGGCAUCACUCAAAGUCAAGGCUGAACACUGCACAGAUCUGGAAGAGGAAAACCAGUCCAUGCAGAAGGACAUAGUCUCUCUCAAAGAGAGGUUAUGGGAAAGAGAGGACAAGUGUAUGCAAUUAGAGCAGGGUAUGCAAAACAUAAUAACCAGUGAGGAUACAGAUUAUCAGAAUCACACUCUGUCCAAGAAGCUGCAUGCCCCCUCAGGCUCAAAAAGGAAAGAGCCAGACCUUAAAAACACAGAUAUCCAGGAGCAUCUAGACAGCGAGGAGACAGAAAGAUGGAACACUUUGUGGCAAUUGCAAAAUGAACUUGCUGACACCAAAGCAAAACUGCUGACAUGUGAGGCGGCACUCAAAAUGAACACUAACGGUUUCAGGAAUUUGGAGGAGGAAAACCAGUCCAUGCAGAGGGACACAGUCACUCUCAAAGGGAGGUUGCAUGAGAGCAAAGAAACCUGUGCCCAAUUGGAGCAGCAUAUUUGUAACCUGAUGGCCUCCUGUGAUGACAAAAAUAACCAGAUCUGUGCUCUCUCGAAAGAGCUGCAAGUCUUAUCAGCCUCAAAAAGCAAGAAGUCUCAAAAAGUAAAGAUCCAGGACACUGUGGAGACAGACAAACAGAACAUGUUGUGGCAACUCCAGCAGGAACUGGUUGACACAAAAACAAAACUAGCAACAUGUGAGGCAUCGCUCAAAGUCAAGGCUGAACACUGCAGAGAUCUAGAAGAGGAAAAACAGUCCAUGCAGAAGGACAUAGUAACUCUCAAAGGGAGGCUGUAUGAGACUGAGAACAUGCAUGCCCAAUCGGAACAACAUAUUUGCAAGCUGAUAGCCUCCUGUGAUGACAAAGACCACCAGAUCUGCACUCUCUCCAAGGAGCUGCAGGUCUUAUCAGCCUCUGUGGGCAUAGAAAGGACCUUUGAGCAGGCAGAGGAGUCACAGAAAACUCUAUGUCAGCUGGAAGCUGAAAUCAUCAAGCUGCAGGCCAUGGCCGAACAGCAGACAAGUGUGGUUGCAGCGCUACAGAAAGAGACUGCUGAGGCAACAAGGGUGAAAAAAGAUUUGGAGGAGAUCAAUCAGCAGAUGAAGGAGCAAAUCCCCCUAAAUGCAGAUGAACAAAUGAAGGAAAGAAUAGCAGCACUCCGAGAAGAGAAGGAGAAGGCCAUCCUGCAGCAAGAGGCCUUUGAGAAGCAACUGGAAGACGUGCAAAAUGAGAAAAAAGUCCUCCACCAACAGCUUAAGGAGGCCCAGAUGAAGGAAGCGGCUAGAGAAAAGACAGGGACAGAUGUUCAGAAUGACAGAUUUACUAAAAUGCAGGCACACUAUGAGAAGAAAGUAAAGGAACUGGAGAAAAGAAGUGAAGAAUUGGCCUAUAGAUAUGCCGCACUCCAGGAGCAUCCGGGCAGUGAUAAGACAGACAGAGAGCACAAUUGGAGAAAAGUAAAGCAGGAUCUGGUCGACAUGCAGUCUAAAUCGCUGGUGGAAAAUGUGUCCCUUGAGGUAAUUUCUCGUCACUGCAGUAAUCUUGAGAACCAAGAACAGGGAAACAUGGAUCUGGACCUGGAGAGCCUUAAUGGAAUGAUUAAAGAGUGUGAGAACUUUCUCUUUGUCUAGAAGCUGCAGACAGAUCCUGUCAGCCUCAUUAGGUAUGAACAAGAAUGUGUGUCUUCCCCAUAUAGCAAGGGGAUAUAAAUGCACAUCCAUUUGUGCUCAGAUUAAUUAUUUGUAAACCGCAGAUUUUCCUUCAGGACACAAUGUUAUGCAAUGUAUUUUUUGUUUUUGCAGAAAGCCCCCCCCCCCCCCCCCCCAAGUUAAGCAGUUAAAUGCAGAACACCCCUAGUAUUUUUCCAUUGUCUUUCAAAAAGAGAACUAUGGUUCCUGACAUAAUUUUAGACAUAGAGAUAAUGUUGAAGAAGGUGAAGGCAUAAGCUUGCUGUAAUGACAACAUGAGCAAUGUGGAGUUGAUUCCUACUAAGCAUAUUUCAUUAAAAAAAUUAGAUGCAGGG